AUGGCGGCUGAGAACCAGGACAUUGAUGAGGGAUUGUAUUCCCGCCAGCUUUACGUGCUGGGCCAUGAAGCCAUGAUGAAGAUGAAGAACUCGGACGUUCUCAUUUCCGGUGUUGGUGGUGUCGGCAUUGAAAUUGCCAAGAACGUUUGCCUGGCUGGCGUCAAGUCAGUGACCAUUCACGAUCCCAAGGUCGUUGAGAUUCGGGAUCUCUCUUCUCAGUUUUUCCUGAAAGAGGAGGAUGUGGGCAAGACCAGGGCAGCGGCAUCAGCACCUCACCUGUCCGAGCUCAACAGCUACGUGCCCGUCACCGCCUACGAGGGCGAGCUCACCGAUGAUUUUGUCGCCAAGUUUCAAGUUGUCGUCCUCACCGAGUCGACCCUGCAGGAGCAGAUCCGCGUGAACAAGGUGACCCACACCAACAACAAGGCUCUCAUUGUGGCCAGCACCCGUGGUCUCUUUGGCCAGCUCUUUUGCGACUUUGGCCCCGACUUUGCCGUUGUGGACACCAACGGGGAGCAGCCCCGCUCUGCCCUCGUCGUCAGCAUCACCAAGGACAAGGAAGGCGUUGUGACGGUGCAUGACGACGCUCGCCACGACAUGGAGGACGGUGACUUUGUCACCUUUAGUGAAAUCCAUGGCAUGGAGGAGCUCAACGGUUGCGAGCCCCGCCCUAUCAAGGUGACCGGUCCCUUCACCUUUACCAUUGGUGACACGACGGGCAUGACCGAUUACGUGCGUGGUGGUAACGUUACUCAAGUUAAAAUGCCCAAGAAAAUGGCUUUCAAGUCACUUGAGGAGAGUCUGAAGGAUCCUGAAUACGUCAUGUCCGACUUUGCCAAGUGGGACCGUCCGGGCCUCUUGCACGUCGGAUUCCAGGCCAUCUCAGCCUUCCGCGAGAAGCACGGCCGCUUCCCUCAGCCCGGCAACACCGCUGAUGCUGAUGACUUUGUGGCUCUUGCCAAGGAAGCCAACGCCAACACGGUGAACGUCGAUCUUGAUGACAAGGUCCUCCGCGCCAUGGCCUCACAGGCUUCGGGUGCCGUGGCCCCGGUUGACGCUGUCAUUGGUGGCAUUGCCGCCCAGGAGGUGAUGAAGGCCUGCUCUGGCAAGUUCCACCCCCUGCAGCAAUACUUUUACUAUGAUGCCCUCGAGGCCCUCCCGGAGCAGCCUGCCGCUGAAGACCUGCAGCCGAUGAACUCGCGCUACGACGGCUUGAUUGCAGUUUUUGGCCAAAAGUUUGUCGAACGCCUCAACCAGCAAAAGUACUUUAUGGUGGGCGCUGGUGCCAUCGGCUGUGAAUUGUUGAAGAACUUUAGCAUGCUCGGUCUCGGCGCCUCCCCGCAGGGCAAGCUGACCGUUACGGACAUGGACACGAUCGAGAAGAGCAACCUGAAUCGCCAGUUCCUUUUCCGCUCCUGGCACGUGGGCAAGCUCAAGUCAGAGUGUGCCACCGAGACGGCUCGCGUCAUGAACCCCAACAUGAACAUUGAGUUUAUGGCCGAUCGUGUCGGUGCUGACACCGAACACAUUUUCCACGAUGACUUUUUCGCCGGCCUGGAUGGCGUGGCCAAUGCCCUCGACAAUGUUGAGGCGCGCCAGUACAUGGACCGCCGUUGCGUUUUCUACAAAAAGCCGCUGCUCGAGUCAGGUACUUUGGGCACCAAGGGCAACACGCAAGUCGUCUUGCCAGGUCUCACCGAGUCCUACAGCUCGUCGCAGGACCCUCCGGAGAAGUCCAUUCCCAUUUGCACUCUCAAGAACUUUCCCAACAAGAUUGACCACACCCUGCAGUGGGCGCGUGAUCUAUUUGAGGGCCUCUAUGCCCAGACGCCCGGCGAUGUCAACAACUAUUUGAGCCAGGCCGACUUUUUGGACAAGGUGUCCAAGCUGCCCGGCUCUACUCCCGUGGAUACUCUUGAGGGCAUCAAGGAUUCCCUCGUGGACAACCGUCCUCGCUCCUUCCAAGACUGCGUCGAUUGGGCCCGUCUCAAGUUUGAGGACCUGUACGUCAAUAAGAUCAAGCAGCUGCUCUUCAACUUUCCUCCCGACAAGACGACCGAGUCGGGGGCACCCUUUUGGUCUGGCCCGAAGCGCUGCCCGACGCCCUUGAAGUUUGAUGUUGCCGAUCCCAACCAUCUGGGCUUUGUUUGGGCCGCUGCUAAUCUUCGCGCCGCCAUUUUCAACCUCAAUGGCGAGCGCGACGUGUCCGUGGUCGCCCAGCUGAUUCAAAACGUCAAGGUGCCCGAGUUUGUGCCCCGAUCCGGUAUCAAGAUUGAGACGGACGAGAAGAAGGCUGAGGAGGAAGCCCAGCGCGUCGCUGCCGACACUGACGAGGUGCAGGUUCUGGCCAAGCAGCUGCCCCCUCGGGGCGAGUUGGCUGGCUUUAGUCUUUCGCCUCAGGACUUUGAGAAGGACGAUGACAGCAACUUUCACAUGGACUUUAUCACGGCCGCGUCCAACUGCCGUGCGCUCAACUACUCGAUCGAGCCCGCUGACAAGCACAAGAGCAAGCUCAUCGCUGGCAAGAUCAUUCCUGCCAUUGCCACCACCACGGCGCUGGUGGCAGGCUUGGUCUGCGUUGAGCUCUGCAAGCUCGUGGCAGGUCUCAAGGACAUUGAGAGCUACAAGAAUGGCUUUGUCAACCUUGCCCUGCCCUUUACCAGCUUCUCCGAGCCCAUUGCUUGCCCCAAGAACAAGUACAAUGACACGGAGUGGACUUUGUGGGAUCGCUUCGAGGUGAAUAGCCCCUUGACGGUCCAGGGUCUGAUUGACUACUUUGAGAAGGAACACCAGCUCGAGGUCAACAUGGUCUCGUGCGGCGUGAGCCUGCUCUAUGCGGCCUUUGGCAUGUCCAAGGACAAGCAAAAGGCCCGUCUCGGUGCCAAGAUUGAGGACGUCGUGCAGGAGGUGACAAAGGAGCCCAUCCGCAAGGGCCAAAAGUACCUGGUCCUGGAAGUCUGCUGCGACGACACUGAGGGCGAGGAUGUGGAGGUCCCCUUUGUCCUGUAUCGUCUCUAAAUCAUGCAGCGCGCGGCGCGCACUGCCAGUAUGCUUGUGGCAGUAUUUCUUGCCAUUUUGCAGCUUUGUCUUUUUUUUUUCUUUUCCCAUGUUCCUCUGCUUCUUCUGCCACACAUGGUUUCGGGUUGAGGUCGUUGGUCGUUGCGUCUCCUUCUCUCUGUGAGUUGUACUACCGUUAGGUUUCGUGCCGCCAACCUCCCGCCUUCUUUUCCCUGUACCAAAACCAAAUUUAUGGCAUUUUCUUGA